AUGGGUCCCAAAAAGAAAGCAGGGAACCCAGGAGGUCCGAAGCCUGGUACGAAACAAGCCAAAGCUGCGGCUGAAAUCAAAGACAAGAAACCUACGCCAGCAGUACCCGAAGAGCCAAAGAAACCAAGUGUGAAGGAGGUGAUUGGCGGCGCAUCAUGGACGGGCAAGUUACCAGUGAAUAUGCUCUCAGAGCAUUGCCAGAAGCAAAAGUGGGAGAAACCAGAGUACAGCAUGAUUCGUACCUCCGGUGGCCAUGUAUCCUCCGUGACGCUGAAGCGACUCGAUAACAAAACCCAUGAAACUAUAGUCCUUCCUCCGUUCAAAUUACCUCCAUCGCAUAAAGAGCUGGCGGCACAACCAACUGUUCUAGAGGCUCGCCAUUUUGCCGCCGCGUGGACCCUUUUCCGGGUUUGCAAUAUGCGCAACAUUCAUAUGAUGAUGCCACCGACAUAUCGAAAGCUCUGGAAAGAGGAUUUUGCCGAAAUAAAAGCAGCGGAGACUCGCGAGGGUAAAGGCUGGCUGUAUGAGGCGGAUCCAUUCUUAGCCAAACAAGAACGAGAAAGCGCGGCUGCGGACUUGGAAAAGAAGAGGGCUGAGCGUGCGAGACUACAGGCUAAGGAGAAGGUUUCUUCAACAGAUCUUGGUCUUGGAGGUGGUGAUACCAAAAGUAAACGCAUUUGGUCGCAGGCACCCAAAGUGGACAUGGGCGCUCGUAUUCGACGUGAUAUCGAAAAUCUCUUGCGCCAGCAUACUGUUUGGAAUCCUUAUGCGGUGAAAAUCCCUGAAAAUGAGAGAAGAGCAAUUAUUGAGGAGUUCUCAAAAUUGGGGUUUCGACGGAGCCAUGUGGAGGAAUCUGUGGCCGAAUGCAAAGAUCGCGAAGAAGUCUUGGAAUGGCUCUUGAUCUAUGUGCCCGAGGAUGAUUUGCCUCGGUGGAGUUUGCCUGAGAGAUACUCUGCUGGCGUCACUCUUGCUGCUGGAGAUCUUGCACGAGAGGGCAAGAUCAAGCGACUUGCCUCUAUCGGUUAUCCCGCAGAUCUGUGCACUCAGGUACUAGACAGCAAAGCUGGUGACGAAUUGGCAGCCGCGGAGUAUUUACAAACUACCCUGGCUCAUGGCUCUGAACCCAUAUCUGAUUCGAUUCUUGAGGGAGAUCCAGAGGCAUGGGCAGAGGAGCAAAGUACGCUUGAGGCCAUUUUUGGAGAGCGUUACAACCGCAUUUCACCCAAGGUUUGCGAAAUCAAGAGCGAGGCGCCUGAGAUGCCAGAUGGCACCAUGUUCCGUUUCCAGGAACCCGCCUCGAACUACCCAUCCACGACACCAAUCAUCUCAAUUCUGGGCAAUGGCUUUCCGGCUUAUAUUCGGCUUAGUGCCAUCCGUCGAGCCGUGCAGCAUGCUGAAGAACACUUCUUUGGGGAGUCCAUGAUUUUCAACAUCAUGGAUUGGCUAGAGGUGAAUCUGCCUAAUAUCGUGGAGAAUCCAGGCAAACUUCGUGAGAUCUCCUCAGUGACUGCUUCUCCUGCUGCAAACACCCAUGAGAUUCCAGUGCGCUCCUCUCGGAAACAGCGCCGGGGUAUUGACUGGAAGGCUUAUACGCCUGUCGGCAUGGCGAUUCGAGAAGCCUGGGAAAUCAAACAGGAUACUACGGCACAGAUCGAUAUGUGCCACAAAAGACAAUCACUUCCUGCUUGGAACACCCAAGACGCUAUUAUUGAUGCUGUGAAUUCGCAUCAGGUCACGAUCAUCUCUGGUGAAACUGGUAGUGGUAAAAGUACACAGUCUGUUCAGUUCGUACUAGAUGAUAUGAUCAAGCGAGGCUUGGGAGGUGCUGCAAACAUCAUCUGUACCCAACCUCGUCGUAUAUCUGCUUUGGGUCUUGCUGAUCGUGUCAGCGAUGAGCGUUGCUCUACAGUCGGUGAUGAAGUUGGAUAUAUCAUCCGUGGAGAGUCCAAAGCAAAACAGGGUAGUACCAGAAUCACUUUUGUGACAACUGGUGUUUUACUUCGUCGGAUUCAAUCCGGAGGUGAUGCAGAUGGAAAUGUUGCUAGUUCGUUAGCGGACGUCUCACAUGUGGUGGUUGAUGAGGUCCACGAGCGAAGUUUAGAUACCGACUUCCUUUUAGCGUUGUUACGAGAUGUACUGCGAAUUCGGAAAGAUUUGAAGGUCAUCCUAAUGAGUGCUACGCUCGACGCGGAUAUUUUUAUGAACUACUUUGGUGGACGGGGAUCCGUGGGCUUUGUGAAUAUUCCCGGACGAACUUUCCCUGUUGAUGACUACUACUUGGACGAUGUCAUUCGGGAAACUGGAUUCGCUCCAGAGCUGAAUGAAAUGGAAGAUGACUUUGAAGACUCCCCGCGAGGCGAAGAAUCAUUGGGUAAGGCCUUGCGCAGCAUUGGAAUGGGAAUCAACUAUGAAUUGAUCGCAUCUACCGUUCGAUACAUCGAUGCUCAAUUGGGAGAUCGCCCAGGAGGCAUUUUGAUUUUCCUACCAGGAACGAUGGAGAUUGAAAGAUGCUUGACAGCCAUCAGGAGGAUUCCACAUGCGCAUGCUCUGCCUUUGCAUGCGUCUUUGCUUCCAGCUGAUCAGCGCCGUGUGUUCCAAAGUCCACCCAGGGGCAAGCGAAAGAUUAUCGCAGCUACGAACGUAGCCGAAACAUCAAUCACCAUCGAGGAUGUAGUCGCCGUGAUUGAUACCGGUCGAGUCAAAGAGACUAGCUACGACCCCAAGGACAACAUGGUUCGCCUCUCAGAAGUCUGGGCGUCACAAGCAGCCUGCAAACAGCGCCGUGGUCGAGCUGGUCGUGUACGCGCAGGUACAUGCUACAAGCUAUACACCCGUCAAGCCGAAUCAAAGAUGGCCCAAAGACCCGAUCCAGAAAUCCGCCGUGUGCCUCUCGAACAGCUCUGUCUAUCUGUGAAGUCUAUGAAGGGCAUCGACGACGUCGCCAAUUUCCUAGCCAACACAAUCACUCCACCAGAAAGCAUCGCCGUCGAAGGCGCACUCAGCUUCUUACACAGAGUCGGAGCCCUAGACCAUUCCCGCCUUACCGCGCUGGGCCGUUACCUCUCCAUGAUCCCCGCCGAUCUCCGUUGCGCCAAGCUCAUGAUUUACGGGUCGAUCUUCGGUUGUAUGGAGCCCUGUCUCACAAUUGCCGCCAUCCUAACAGUGAAAAGUCCAUUCGUGUCUCUCCGUGACAAACGCGACGAAGUAGACGCUGCGAAGGCCUCCUUCUCCCGCCCCGGCGAUGGUGACCUUCUCACUGACCUCUCUGCCUACCAGGAGUGGUCUGAGCGAGCCCGCUCCCAAGGCUACAGGCAAACACAAUCAUAUUGCAGCGCCAACUUCCUGUCUCAUCAAACUCUCCGCGAUAUCUCGUCCAACCGCGCCCAGUUCGUCACAUCGCUCAAAGAUGCCAGUCUUUUACCAGUUGGAUAUACCGACGGCUCGGGUGCUUGGAACCGCAACGCCUCAAACCGGAAUCUCAUCCGUGCGCUCGUCGCAGGUGCCUUCCAACCGCAAGUUGCGCAAAUUUCGUUUCCUGAUAAGAAGUUCGCUAGCUCGGUUACUGGUACUGUGGAGGUCGAUCCGGAUGCCCGGACAAUCAAGUACUUUAACCAGGAAAACGGUCGAGUCUUCAUCCAUCCCAGCUCUAUGCUCUUUUCUGCGCAAGGCUAUCCUAGUUCGGUGGCGUAUCUAAGCUAUUUCACAAAAAUGGCAACGAGCAAAGUGUUCGUCCGUGAUUUAACUCCGUUCAAUGCCUAUUCGCUCCUUCUGUUCUGUGGAUCGAUUACACUCGAUACAAUGGGCCGUGGGCUCGUCGUAGACGGCUGGCUCCGGCUACGUGGGUGGGCAAGAAUCGGUGUGCUUGUUUCACGACUCCGAACGAUGCUGGAUGAGGCGUUAGCUGCUCGGAUUGAUAACCCAGCUUUGGAGUCAGAUGGAGGAGCUGGGGAUCGGGUGAUCGAGGCUGUGAAAAGGUUGAUCGAGUUCAACGGACUGGAUCAGUGA